GAGGCCAAGAUGGCGGCGCUAGGCUGAUCCUGCUGUGGGUGAAGUUCCGCCUCCACUCGCCCGCCGCCCCUCGGGGGACCGUGCGCCGCUCCUCCCCGCCGCUGCCAGCAGCCAUGUCUGGGCCCGGCAACAAACGCGCCGCCAGCGACGGGGGCUCAGGACCCCCAGAAAAGAAGCUGAACCGCGAGGAGAAGACCACCACCACCCUUAUCGAGCCCAUUCGUCUUGGAGGCAUCUCCUCCACGGAGGAGAUGGACCUGAAGGUGCUGCAGUUCAAGAACAAGAAGCUGGCCGAGCGUCUGGAGCAGCGGCAGGCCUGUGAGGACGAGCUCCGCGAGCGCAUUGAGAAGCUGGAGAAGCGCCAGGCCACCGACGAUGCCACACUGCUCAUUGUCAACCGCUACUGGGCGCAGCUGGAUGAGACCGUGGAAGCCCUCCUCCGCUGUCACGAGAGCCAAGGGGAGCUGUCCUCAGGGACAGAGGCGCCUGGGACUCAGGAGGGGCUGGUGCGGGUCGGCACCCCGCUCAUAGAGCCGGGGACCUCGGAGCUGAGGGAGUCCCUGCCAAUGCAGCUGCGGCCUCCGCUCAGCGAGCCGGCCCUGGCCUUUGUGGUGGCCCUGGGGGCCAGCAGCAGUGAGGAGGUGGAGCUGCAGCUGCAGGGCCGGAUGGAGUUCUCCAAGGCGGCUGUGUCGCGGGUGGUGGAGGCCUCGGACCGGCUGCAGCGCCGAGUGGAGGAGCUCUGUCAGCGAGUGUACAGCCGAGGGGACAGUGAACCCCCAAACGAAGUGGCUCGGGCCCGCACUCGGGAACUGGGUCGUGAGAACCGGAGGCUGCAGGACUUGGCCACACAGCUGCAGGAGAAGCACCACCGCAUCUCGUUGGAGUACUCUGAGCUCCAGGAUAAAGUGACGUCGGCGGAGACCAAAGUGCUAGAGAUGGAGACGACGGUGGAGGACCUGCAGUGGGACAUCGAGAAGCUCCGCAAGCGUGAGCAGAAGCUCAACAAGCACCUGGCAGAGGCCCUGGAGCAGCUCAACUCCGGCUACUACGUGUCUGGGAGCUCUGCAGGCUUCCAGGGGGGCCAGAUCACGCUCAGCAUGCAGAAGUUUGAGAUGCUGAAUGCGGAGCUGGAGGAAAACCAGGAGUUGGCCAACAGUCGAAUGGCGGAGCUGGAGAAGCUGCAGGCUGAACUCCAGGGAGCUGUGCGGACCAACGAGCGCCUCAAGGUAGCCCUGCGGAGCCUGCCCGAGGAGGUGGUGCGGGAGACGGGGGAGUACCGCUUGCUGCAGGCCCAGUUCUCGCUGCUCUACAACGAGUCCCUGCAAGUGAAGACGCAGCUGGAUGAGGCGCGGGGGCUGCUGCUGGCUACCAAGAACUCCCACCUGCGGCACAUCGAGCACAUGGAGAGCGAUGAGCUGGGACUGCAGAAGAAGCUGCGCACGGAGGUCAUCCAGCUGGAGGACACGCUAGCCCAGGUCCGCAAGGAGUAUGAGAUGCUGCGCAUCGAGUUCGAGCAGAACCUGGCAGCCAACGAACAGGCAGGGCCCAUCAACCGGGAGAUGCGCCACCUGAUUAGCAGUCUCCAAAACCACAACCACCAGCUAAAGGGGGAUGCCCAGCGGUAUAAGCGGAAGCUUCGAGAGGUGCAGGCUGAGAUUGGCAAGCUCCGGGCUCAGGCCAGUGGCUCCACUCACUCCAUUUCCAGCCUGGGCCACCCAGAGGACGCUGGUCUUAGUGCCCCAGUCCCUGGGAAAGAAGAGGGUGCCCCAGGCCCCGUUGGGACCCCCACCAGCAGGAAGGAGAUGGCUUCAGCUCCUGGUGCCACCACUGCCACCACUUCGUUGAAGAAAGAGGAGCUGGUUCCCUCCGAGGAGGAUGCCCAGGCCCUCACUCCUGGGGCUCAGGGACCCUCCUCACGGAGCCGAGAACCGGAGGCCAGACCCAAGCGGGAGCUUCGGGAACGAGAAGGGCCCACCCUGGGGCCCGCACCUAUAGCUUCAGCUCUCUCCAGGGCGGAUCGAGAGAAGGCCAAGGUGGAGGAGGCCAAGAGGAAGGAGUCAGAACUGCUAAAGGGUCUGCGGGCUGAGCUCAAAAAGGCCCAGGAAAGCCAGAAGGAGAUGAAGCUGCUGCUGGACAUGUACAAGUCAGCCCCAAAGGAGCAGCGGGACAAGGUGCAGCUCAUGGCCGCCGAGCGCAAGGCCAAGGCUGAGGUUGAUGAGCUGCGGGGCCGCAUCCGGGAGCUGGAGGAACGGGAUCGGAGGGAGAGCAAGAAGAUUGCCGAUGAGGAUGCCCUGAGGCGCAUCCGGCAGGCCGAGGAGCAGAUUGAACAUCUGCAGCGCAAGCUGGGUGCCACCAAGCAGGAGGAGGAGGCUCUCCUGUCCGAGAUGGACGUGACGGGUCAGGCCUUUGAAGACAUGCAGGAGCAGAACGGGCGGCUGCUGCAGCAGCUGCGGGAAAAAGAUGACGCCAACUUCAAGCUGAUGUCCGAGCGCAUCAAGGCCAACCAGAUCCACAAGCUGCUGCGUGAGGAGAAGGACGAGCUGGGCGAGCAGGUCCUAGGCCUCAAGUCCCAGGUGGAUGCCCAGCUGCUGACCGUGCAGAAGCUGGAGGAGAAGGAACGGGCCUUGCAGGGCAGCCUCGGGGGUGUGGAGAAGGAGCUGACGCUGCGCAGCCAGGCACUGGAACUCAACAAGCGGAAGGCUGUGGAAGCCGCCCAGCUGGCGGAGGACCUGAAGGUGCAGCUGGAACACGUGCAGACGCGGCUGCGUGAGAUUCAGCCCUGCCUGGCCGAGAGCCGGGCUGCGCGUGAGAAGGAGAGCUUCAACCUCAAGAGGGCACAGGAGGACAUCUCGCGGCUGCGGCGCAAGCUGGAGAAGCAGCGGAAGGUGGAGGUCUAUGCCGACGCCGAUGAGAUCCUCCAGGAGGAGAUCAAGGAGUACAAGGCGCGGCUGACCUGCCCCUGCUGCAACACCCGCAAGAAGGAUGCAGUUCUUACUAAGUGCUUCCACGUGUUCUGCUUCGAGUGCGUGCGGGGCCGCUAUGAGGCCCGCCAGAGGAAGUGCCCCAAGUGCAACGCUGCCUUUGGUGCCCACGACUUCCAUCGCGUCUACAUCAGCUGAACCUGGCACUCAGGACUUGGUGACUCCUGCAGCCCUGGCGGCUGUGCCCCAGGCCCUCCACUUCAGUUCCAGCGGCCCCACCUUCUAUUUUGGACCCCAUGGGCCCAACCCGUAUCCACCUAGUUGGCUUGGGGUCCUGGAAGCAUGCUCAUGGGAGUGGGGUCAGCCAGGUCUGGUUCUGUUACCUGAAGAUGGGACCCUCAGCCCAGGGAGCCCCCUCUACUGGAAGGAUCUGCCCAGAGGGGCCUCACAGGGGCGCUUCCUGAGAGCUGGCCCUGACGUCUCCAAGGACCCCGUCCCCAUGGGACAGUUCUCCAGUCCGUGACCAUGACCCCCGCCUACACACCACAGACCAGAGGCAAGCAGGCCAGUCCUCAUUUCCCCUGCCUGACGCUGGCCAAGGGCACAGGGCUGCUCAAGGCUUCUGUGUGCCUUGUGAAGUUGGCAGGACACUGGCCCUUGGGGUAAGAACUAGAGGAGAUAGGGGGAGUGGGCACCACCUGCAGCUUCUGGGAUGCUGGGUCAUAACCUCAUGCUGUGGCUAUACAGUUGGUUUUGGGAAACUUGGAACAGGCCCCUCCCCAGUGUCUACUACCUAAUGCUCACUUGCCCCCUUCUUCCCCCCCAGCUCGUGCAUCUGAGUGCCCGUUGGGUCCCUGGCCCUAACUCUGCUUUCAUGCCAGUGGCCUUAACCGCUGUGGAGUUCCCCAGGAAGGGAACCGACCAGCCUCAGCUGCUGGGCCAACUUGCAGUCAUUCCAGGUAGAUCUUCCAACACCUUGAGACUGAGCCUAUGCCCCAAUGUAUGCUGUGCUGGCUGCCCAAACAGUUCUUUGGCAAGGCUGCCUGCCUCUUGAGGAGCUUGGGGAUGACGCUGUGGACAGGUCCUGGGUCUUCGGGGACCCUGAGCCUCUGCCCUGGACAUAUCUUGUAUAAGCCAAUUGUUAAGAAAUAAAUGGCCAUCCUUCA